CAAUUCGUCCCUGAAACCUCUCUUACGAAACUCAGGCACCAUUUUCUUCUUCCGCCGCCGCCAUGGAAUCACUUCCUCCGCCGCAAAACCAAUCAUCUCCGGCAACAACUCCGGCAAAAACUCUCCUCGGAAAAUACGAACUCGGUCGACGACUCGGUAGCGGAAGCUUCGCGAAAGUCCAUUUAGCUCGAUCAAUCGAAUCCGAUGAGCUCGUCGCCAUUAAAAUCAUCGAGAAGAAGAAAACAAUCGAAUCCGGUAUGGAACCAAGAAUAAUCAGAGAGAUCGAUGCGAUGCGUCGUCUUCGUCAUCAUCCAAACAUACUCAAGAUCCAUGAAGUUAUGGCAACCAAAUCUAAGAUCUAUCUCGUAAUGGAACUCGCUUCCGGUGGUGAACUUUUCUCUAAAGUCCUCCGUCGUGGUCGUCUUCCUGAAUCAACGGCGCGUCGUUACUUUCAACAACUAGCCUCCGCUCUUAGAUUCUCUCACCAAGACGGUGUCGCUCACCGUGAUGUGAAACCACAGAAUCUACUCUUAGAUCAGCAAGGUAACCUCAAGGUCUCUGACUUUGGUUUAUCUGCUUUACCGGAACAUCUCCAAAACGGAUUGCUUCACACGGCGUGUGGUACUCCGGCUUAUACAGCUCCGGAGGUUAUCUCGCGGAGGGGAUACGACGGAGCGAAAGCUGAUGCGUGGUCUUGUGGUGUGAUUUUGUUUGUUCUUUUGGUUGGCGACGUUCCAUUUGAUGAUUCGAAUAUCGCAGCGAUGUAUCGGAAGAUUCAUCGGAGAGAUUAUCGGUUUCCGAGCUGGAUUUCGAAACAAGCGAAAUCGAUAAUCUAUCAGAUGUUAGAUCCGAAUCCAGUAACGAGGAUGAGUAUUGAAACAGUUAUGAAAACGAGUUGGUUCAAGAAAUCUCUAGAGACUUCUGAGUUUCAUCGUAACAUUUUUGAUUCGGAAACAGAGAUGAAAUCGAGUGUUAAUUCGAUUACUGCUUUCGAUUUGAUCUCGUUGUCGUCGGGGUUAGAUCUUUCUGGAUUGUUUGAGGUUAAGAAGAAGAAGGAGAGGAGAUUCACCGCGAAGGUUUCGGCUGUUGAAGUGGAGGAGAAAGCGAAGAUGAUUGGGGAGAAGUUAGGUUAUGUAGUGAAGAAGAAGAUGAAGAAGGAAGGAGAAGCGAAGGUUGUUGGAUUAGGGAGAGGAAGAACUGUGAUUGUGGUGGAAGCGGUUGAGUUAACGGUGGAUGUUGUGGUGGUUGAAGUGAAAGUUGUUGAAGGUGAAGAAGAUGAUUCACGGUGGUUUGAUUUGAUUACAGAGCUUGAAGAUAUAGUUCUUUCAUGGCACAAUGACAUCAUGUAAAUAGAUUGUGACUUGUGGAUGUUAGUCUCUUUUUUGUUUUUGUUCAGUUUUGUAUAAUCUUGAAGAAAUCAAAUCUCCCGCUUCAU